GUGCAUGGAUCAGGUACUCAUAAAGUAGUGUAACGUGUGCUGAAUAUAUUAUGGCAACCCUGCGUUAGCACUCACCGUGAGUGCCCUCGUCAUGCGGCCUUGCCAGCAUCCGCCAUUGCAUCAUGCUCCUUCAGCUUUCUACCAGCGAGCAGGUAAGACGUGUGGGAUCGUGCUCAGGAGAGUGAUCCCUUUUCCCGUGGCAAUUCGGCGCUUCACAAUGGCGGACCCUGCCAGGUGUUGCACGAUUUUUCGAGUGCAACGCAAAUAACGAACCAAGAUUUUCAUACGAAAUCAAUUGAAACAGCUCGGGAAAAGGGACCUCUCGAAACAAAAUAAAAAAAAGCGAGUUUGAGAUUAAGCAACGUUCGAAAAUUCCGUGGAACAAAUACGAGAAACCGUAGAGCCGUGUGGAAAUUGUGAAGUUAAUUAAUAACAGUGCAUGGAAAAUUUGAUUAAAAUUGAACAAAUUGUGACAAGCGACUCGUAAACGCUGAUUGAGCAGGUUUACUAAACCGUGCUGAGCGGGUUUUAAAAACCGCGCAUGAGCAAACGAAAUGUUACUAAGCGAGUCAGAAAAGCUGCGCAAAAAUAAUCGACCUACUUACAUGUAGCGGGUUACAGGAACCGCGCUCACAGAACCGUGCGAAGCGGAUCAGAAAGAUCGCGCUAAGAAAACAAAAAAAUUGUGCAGCGGAUUUCACAAUCGCGCUCCAUCAAAUUGUAGCGAAUUUCAAAAUUGCGCUCUAUUGAAGUAAAGCGGAUUUCCAAAUCGCGCUCCAAAAAGUGACAGCAAACUAACUCAAUUGCUUGCAUAUAUUCCCAACAGGCUAACGUAAGGCAAGUUCCCUUCAGAACGCAACGAAAGUGAAAUGACUGAAAAAGGAAAAUAUGUCCGCCGCAUCGUUGACUACGAGUCGGACGACGAUGACGACGCCAGCCCAGACGCUAGAAGCGGCAGCACGACGGACGCUAGUGACAAGGAAAACCAUGAAACGUCACACUAUGACCCUGAUGACCUAUCGGUCGGCAUUGGUAGCGAUCCGGAAACAGUUGGCGCCAAUAGUGACAGAAACGCCACCGACUCUGACAGCGAAGCAUCGAGUUCAUCAUCAUAUUCGACAAGAUCCCCAUCUGAGCCUCCAUCGACCCCACAGGCAACACCGCCAAAAGAUUUGAUCCAGACAGCAUCCGAACGUGCUAAUUCCGAAAGAUUCGACCGCAUGGAGAGGAUGAUUGCGGACAUGAGCAACGCGCUGACCCGGUUCCAAGCGAAUGUUGAACCGCUACCGAGUGACGACGUGGAUAAAAGCUGGAAAUUAUCGAACGAUGUAAACCAACGUGGAAAUAGCGAAAGCACACCCUCAAACAUCCGGUGGGACCACCUGAAACCAUUCCCAAGUGGUAUCGCAUCAAGUAAGAUGUGGGAGGAGUGGAACCGUUACGUCGAGAAGUUCGAAGUAGCAGUUUCCCUCAACAACGUGAACGACCCGGUCAAAAGGACCCAACUUCUGUUCCUGUCCAUGGGCGAUGAGUUACAAGGAAUCGUGAAGGCUGCUAAAUUGCGCCCAAGCCUCUCGAAUGCUAACUGCUACAGGACAUUCGUAACGAACAUCCAAAACUACCUACGAACGAUGACUGACACCUCCGCCGAACACGAAGCGUUUUCGAGAAUGAAGCAAGAAGUUGGCGAAUCGGCAGUUUCUUUCCAUUCACGAUUGAUGGGCAAAGUGCGGUCAUGCAACUACAUCGACGAGGACAGGUUCGUACGAGCGCAGCUCCUGACAGGUCUAAGGAAUCGUGAACUAGUGAAACAGGCUAGGAUAUAUGGCCACGACACAAAUUUCAUCGUCCAGUCGGCCACUCGGGAUGAAACGUACGAGUCCGAAACUAGGCAGCAGGAUGAGUCCAGCGUUCUCGCGGUCGGGAUGAAUCGUGGUGGACGUUCAUACGACCAGUAUAACCGAAAGCGCCUGAGCAGCGGUAUCAGAGCCGGCGGACCACCACCCAAACAGCAACGCAGAAGCGACAACUACCGAGGAUCACAGGGGCAGCGUUCACGAUGCACUCGCUGCUCCCUAUUCAACCACAGAAACGGACAAUGCCCAGCACUAACCCGGAACUGCAACGUAUGUGGCAAACGUGGCCACUAUGCGGCGGCCUGUCGACAGAAACAGCUCAACAUCAUGCAGCGUGGAUCAAGCUUUGACAGGCUGACUGACAAUGCAGACAAUGAUAAUCAGGACAGCAAGCAGCUGAUCAAUGCUCUUACACUCGAGGACGUUAUGGUCGCCUGUUCCAUCGGUUCAUCUUCCCCCAUACGCUUCCUCAUUGACUCGGGAGCUGACGUAAAUGUUAUUGGUGGGAGUGACUGGGAACAACUAGAACAAGAGUUUCGUAUGGGCAAAGCAAAGCUAGAAUUCGUCAGUGCACCCAGUGAGAAGUUACAUGCCUACGGAUCCAAAGAACCUAUGGCCGUUAAGUGCAGCAUCAAAGCCAAAAUCGAAACUACAGACUCUGCAAUAUCAGAUAUAAUUGCCCUAUUUCACGUGGUUCCAAAAGGGAAGAGGUCACUCCUUGGGCGCGCUACAUCGAGUGACAUGGGGUUGCUGCAUAUAGGAGGCAAAGUCAACAACUGCGAGCAACAGAACAAGGCGAAAUUCCCGAAAAUGCCCGGGGUGAAGGUCAAAUUCAGCAUCGAUCCAUCAGUCCCGGCAACCAAGAGUGCCUAUUAUAAUGUGCCAGCGGCGUACAGGUAAGGUGGCACAUACUAUAUUCCACAUAUCUGAAAGUCGUUGAAUUAGAACAUAUUUGGCCCAUUCUCUCAACUACAUAAUUACGUGCUUAGAAAUGCUCAAAGGAUUCCAAUUCAUAAUGAGCAAUAUUUUUUUUAAGUUUUGGUAAUUAAUUGCAUUAAUAGUGGAUUUAUUGAAUUGCACUCACAUCACUAUUCAUUUACAACCAAUUUUAAGUGAUCCACGGAAACAUUACUCAUUUAGAACAACCUUUGUGAAAGUAGAUAUCCAGAAGAAAUACUCGGUUGGCAUAUGAACUGCUUUGAAAUCAAAAGAAAGAAAGGGUCGAC